CGCUUACGUUGUGCUCAUCCGAUCGAUGAAACUAUGGCAACGCCAGGAAAACAAACUCCCGCCAAGUCUCCGCGAGAGCGAACGCGACAGAGACCCUGAGGGCGAUCGUUGAAGGACGCGCCUAUGGACGCACCACGUCGCCGAUCAUGGACAUCAGGGAGAGCAGCGACGAUGAGGACGAGACGCGUGCCGUUCAGACGAUCGGCAAAUUCGACGAGGCCAUUGUGGUGCGAAACGCCGAGGAAAUCAAAAGCCCGACGAGCCACAGACCUUCGAGUUCCAGGAAAGUCAGGAAAAGCCUCGCCAGCGACAGUUCGAAUACCUUAGACUCGAACUCUCCGCGCAAUAGGAAACAACACGAGUUCAGGAGAUAUUCGAGUCAUGAUAUCGGUUUUGAAAAAUCGAUGGAGAUCGGCAGCGAUCCUUCCGACAGCGAGGAGAGCGACGACGACGACAUACAAGGCAGCAGCAUCGCGAAGUCGAUCGAUCUGUACAAUCCAAAAGAAUUCGAGAACCUGGAAGCAUCGACGGAAGUCAAAGAACUGUUUCAAAAUAUAAUGAGGUACGCGCCGCAAAAGAUCGAGCUAACGUACAAGCUGAUACCGUUCAUUCCGGACUACAUACCGGCGGUCGGCGACAUAGACGCCUUCAUAAAAGUGCCGAGACCCGACGGUAUCGGUGAUAAGAUCGGUCUGACGGUGCUGGACGAGCCUUGUACCGACCAAUCUGAUCCGGCGGUCUUGCAUCUGCAGCUGCGAAGUCACUCGAGAAGCGCUGGCGCCGCCAGACAGGCGGUUGUCAAGAGAAUCGAGGACGCCGAGAGAAACGGUAAGUCGAUCGACAAGUGGAUCGACGACAUCAAUCAACUUCACAGGAGCAAACAUCCGCCAGCUGUGCAUAUGAGCCGCGCGAUGCCGGAUAUCGACAAUCUGAUGCAACAGUGGCCGGCGCAGGUGGAGGACAAACUGAACGAGCUGCAACUGGAUCUGUCGGAAAUCGAUUGCGAACUGUCGCAGUUGGUCGACGUGGUUUGCAAUCUCCUGGACAUUCCCACGCGGGAGGACACCAGGCUGGAAGCUCUUCACACAUUGUUCACGUUGUUUCUCGAGAUCAGAAACGCCGACAAUCGAAACUUCAAUUAGGAACUAAUGCGUUUCUUAUAUUGAUCUGUGUAUCACGUGUUAUAAAACAAUUUUUCUUAUCAACAACAAUUUCUAUUCUAUGUAUGUUAAUAAAAGUCACAACACAAGAA